CUCUCCCAGUCCCACACCUCUCUUUCCUCUAUCUCUAUCCCUCUCUCCCCACCCCCAGCUCUUUAAACGUCCUGCUUAACCCGCUCCUCACCGAAGGCACGCAGAGUUCUAAGGUGCGGAGAAUUAACCCGUCUCCUCCUAAACCCACUAAAUAAGUCUCACUCUGAGCUAAAGCUUCACACUUUUGCCUUAAAGCCCCCAGCCCCUCACGCGCACACAGGUAGGGAGAGUGAGGAUACUACUGGAUCCCAGGAAACUGGUCCCAAGAAGGCUCCAUCCAGGAUCGCCCGCUGCCGAAGAAGUAUCCCCGGAGCCCUCUGAUCUGCGGGGUGACAAUUAGCCAAAGAUUAUUUCUCUUUAUUCAGAAGCAUAAAGUUGUUUGCUGAUUGCAAGAAGAUGUUUCUUUGGCUCUUUCUGCUUUUGUCAGCCCUGAUUUCUUCGACAAAUGCAGAUUCUGACAUAUCAGUGGAAAUUUGCAAUGUGUGCUCCUGCGUGUCAGUUGAGAACGUGCUCUAUGUCAACUGUGAGAAGGUUUCAGUCUACAGACCAAAUCAGCUGAAGCCACCUUGGUCUAAUUUCUAUCACCUCAAUUUCCAAAACAAUUUUUUAAAUAUCCUCUAUCCAAACACAUUCUUGAAUUUUUCACACGCAGUAUCCCUGCAGCUGGGAAAUAAUAAACUGCAGAACAUUGAGGGAGGAGCCUUUCUUGGGCUCAGUGCAUUAAAGCAGUUGCACUUGAACAACAAUGAAUUAAAGAUUCUCCGAGCUGACACUUUCCUUGGCAUAGAGAACUUGGAGUAUCUCCAGGCUGACUACAAUUUAAUCAAGUAUAUUGAACGAGGAGCCUUCAAUAAGCUCCACAAACUGAAAGUUCUCAUUCUUAAUGACAACCUGAUUUCAUUCCUUCCUGAUAAUAUUUUCCGAUUCGCAUCUUUGACCCAUCUGGAUAUACGGGGGAACAGAAUCCAGAAGCUCCCCUAUAUCGGAGUUCUGGAGCACAUAGGCCGUGUCGUUGAACUGCAACUGGAAGAUAACCCCUGGAACUGUAGCUGUGAUUUGUUGCCUUUGAAAGCGUGGCUGGAGAAUAUGCCAUAUAACAUUUACAUAGGAGAGGCUAUCUGUGAAACUCCCAGCGACUUAUACGGAAGGCUUCUGAAAGAAACCAACAAACAAGAAUUAUGCCCCAUGGGCACAGGCAGUGAUUUCGAUGUGCGAAUCCUGCCUCCGUCUCAGCUGGAGAAUGGCUACACCACUCCCAACGGUCACACGACCCAAACAUCCUUACACAGAUUAGUGACCAAACCGCCGAAGACAACCAAUCCGUCCAAGAUCUCUGGAAUCGUAGCGGGCAAGUCCCUCUCCAACCGCAAUCUCAGCCAGAUUGUGUCCUACCAAACGAGGGUGCCCCCUCUGACACCUUGCCCAGCACCUUGCUUUUGCAAAACACAUCCUUCGGAUUUGGGACUGAGCGUCAACUGCCAAGAGAAGAAUAUACAGUCCAUGUCUGAACUGGUCCCGAAACCCUUAAAUGCCAAGAAGUUGCAUGUCAAUGGCAACAGCAUCAAAGACGUGGACGUCGCGGACUUCGCCGAGUUUGAAGGACUGGAUUUGCUCCAUUUAGGCAGCAAUCAGAUUACGGCGAUCAAGGGAGAUGUAUUCCACAAUCUCACUAAUUUACGCAGGCUGUAUCUCAACGGCAAUCAGAUUGAAAGACUCUAUCCUGAGAUAUUUUCCGGCCUGCAUAACCUGCAGUAUCUGUAUUUGGAAUACAACUUGAUUAAGGAGAUCCUGGCGGGCACCUUUGACUCGAUGCCAAAUCUGCAGUUGCUCUACUUAAACAACAAUCUCCUGAAGAGCCUGCCCGUUUACAUUUUCUCGGGAGCACCCCUCGCUAGACUGAACCUGAGGAACAACAAGUUCAUGUACUUACCCGUCAGCGGGGUCCUCGAUCAGCUGCAGUCUCUCACACAGAUCGACUUGGAGGGCAACCCCUGGGACUGCACUUGUGACUUGGUGGCAUUAAAGCUGUGGCUGGAGAAGUUGAAUGACGGCAUUGUCGUGAAGGAACUGAAAUGCGAGACUCCGGUUCAGUUUGCCAACAUCGAGCUGAAGUCCCUCAAGAAUGAAAUCUUGUGUCCCAAACUCUUAAACAAGCCAUCGGCGCCGUUUACGAGCCCUGCACCUGCCAUAACGUUCACCACCCCGCUGGGUCCCAUUCGAAGCCCUCCCGGUGGCCCGGUGCCUCUGUCUAUUCUCAUCCUCAGCAUCCUCGUGGUCCUCAUCUUAACUGUCUUCGUUGCUUUUUGUCUUCUUGUUUUUGUGCUGCGGCGAAACAAGAAGCCCACGGUCAAGCACGAGGGCCUGGGGAAUCCUGAGUGCGGCUCCAUGCAGCUGCAGCUGAGGAAGCAUGACCACAAGACCAAUAAAAAAGACGGGCUGAGCACAGAAGCCUUCAUUCCACAAACCAUCGAGCAGAUGAGCAAGAGCCACACCUGCGGUUUGAAAGAGUCCGAAACCGGCUUCAUGUUUUCAGAUCCUCCAGGACAGAAAGUCGUCAUGAGAAAUGUCGCCGACAAGGAGAAAGAUUUACUACACGUGGAUGGCAGGAAGAGACUGAGCACAAUCGAUGAGCUGGACGAACUAUUCCCGAGCAGGGAUUCCAACGUGUUUAUUCAGAAUUUUCUGGAAAGCAAAAAGGAGUACAAUAGCAUAGGUGUCAGUGGCUUUGAGAUCCGCUAUCCCGAAAAACCACAAGACAAAAAAAACAAGAAGUCCCUGAUAGGCGGCAACCACAGUAAAAUUGUCGUGGAGCAGCGGAAAAGCAGCGAGUACUUUGAACUGAAGGCCAAACUCCAGAGUUCCCCUGACUACCUACAGGUCCUUGAGGAGCAGACAGCUUUGAACAAGAUCUAGGUCAUGCAAUCUCACUUCAUACAGAGGACAUUUAUUUAAUGAUGAAAGUGCCUUUUGUUGACUUCUAACUCCAAAUACUAUAUUAUCAAUAGGCAUAGAGGCAGGUGUUUCUGAGGCUGUCUCAUUAACUGUAGCUGCAAAGAUGUGUCCGGUAGAAGAGAGUUUCCUUAAUAGAUUUUACUACAUAAAACCUAUACUGUGGAGUCCUGUGGGGAUACUGCAAACUCUAUUGCCAAAGGGAUGCUUUAUAUACAGAAUACACUGAAUUUAACCUCAAGAGGCAAAUCUGUUUUGUACCCCGAUGCAAAACCUCCGUCUCUUUGUGCUUUGUAAAGCAAACUCGAGAAAACUGGUACCAGUGUUUGUACCUCAGCUGGGUCCUUCAUCUUGCACGUAGAUCAAGUCGGUGGAACUGGAAUAAAUCCUUUUGAUUUGUGGCAUUGUAACAACUCUGUGUAAAGAUUAUCUGAAAAGUUAAAAAAAAAAAAAAGCAUGCAAAGAGAGAACAUUCGAUAGUAUUUGUAAAUCGGUAAACUUUAUGGCCUGCAUCUUGAAACCGCUGGAUUUAUAAUGUUAAAAUUGUGCAAAUAUUUGUUUAAAAUAUACCAUGCAUUACGUAACUAUAAAAUAAAUUUGAACACUUUAAGCAUUACCUGUCUAUACAUAAAACCUAAAAGAGAAAAGUCAACGUGAGUUACAUAGCGUUUGUGGUGAUCUGAAGAAAUACACGAUGUUUAUCAGAAUUAAACAAGGCUCAAAUUAAACUAACAUUAGAGUUUGUUCUCAGUUACGUGAAAUACCCACAAUCCUUAAAGGUUGUCCAAAAUUAGCGAAGUGCUUACCGUGUGAGCGCACCCAAAGCUAUUUUUGUAACAUAAUUCAUAUUUAUGAAGUACUUUGUAUACUAAAUAGGAAAAUAUGUACUCCUUAAUAUGUAUUUAAUAUGCCUGACUUGUUUUCCUGAUCACAGGGAAUUUAUCAAUAGGUAUACAUUUAGACAGGAAAAAAAAAAUAUACCAAACCGAAACUGAAGCUUCUGUGUACAGAAAUAUUCUGGACAUUGUGAUCAGGUAUAAUUUAAAAACGAAACAAGGAAAAAAAACCACAAAAACACAAAAAUACAAAAAAAAAAGAUAAAAACCAGUUCUGUGCUAUUCUUGAGAACUUAGCAUAUUAUCUUCAGAUUUGUUACCAACCGUGCAUUUUAAAAUAGGUUCCUUAGUUUUAUAGUAUCGUGUCUGGGGCAGUUGUUAUUUGCCAUCAGUUGUCUUGCUUUUCAGGAUUCUAUGAGCUUAAUUCAAAUAGUUUCCACUACAACUAUUUAAAACAAUUAAUGAGUAAGGUUAAUAGUUAUAGCUCGUAUGCAUCAGUAUCCUGUUCUGUCAUCACUCCAGCUACUAUCAGAUAAUCCAGUAGAGCAGUGAACAUCUCGGCUCCCAAAGCCACACUGUAAAAUGCUUUCAUUGGUCUCAGAGGAGUUCACUGUGUUUGCUUGUGCUGUUAACUUCUAAGUCAAAACUGGUCAAAGGAAGGACUUGAUAAUGGGAGACACUGGAAGAUUUUUAGGAGCUCCCAGUUAGCAAAGCGACAUCCUAAAACACAUUACCUUCUUGGCCUGCCCACCUAUGUAUGUUUCUUUGUGCUCCAUUUCUUAUAAUCACUGUAUUAAUCAGUGAGUUAACCAAGAAGGUAAACGUAGACAUUCUUCAUGAACUUCAAGUGGCAGAUGUUUUGGCGCAGCUUCCAAAAUGAUAUUAUGGCUAAAGUUGUAACGUAGUCCCUUUAUUAAGUACUAAUUUCAGGGCUUUAUAGGUUUGUUCCAGGAUGAAAAAGAAAUAACUUGGCAUUCUUAGACAGUGUGCAUGUAUGUGUGUGUGUGUGUGUGCCUCUGUGUGUGUG